UCAUGUUAGUAAACAAAUGUGACAGACGGUGCACGUGUUAGAGGAGACAGCUGGUGGAAUUGAUUCAUGCAGCCAUCAAUAUGGCUUCAGGAGAUGUUAUUUAUAUGUGAUUAACGCAUGGGUUGAAUAAAAGAAUACACAGAUAACGGAUCCGUUACAGGUUACAGCAGUGUCGACAUGGAUGACCUCCUCAUCUUACUCCUCCUAGUACUGCCGGCGCUGUGCACGGCGGCGACACGACCACACAUCAUCCUCAUCGUAGCAGAUGAUCUGGGAUACAAUGAUGUCAGCUUCCAUGGGUCUGAUCAGAUCCCAACCCCCAACAUCGACAACCUCGCCUACAACGGCAUCAUCCUUAACAACUACUACGUGUCACCUAUAUGUACUCCGACUAGAAGCGCUCUCAUGACCGGCAGACACCCUAUACACACAGGUAUGCAGGUUGGUGUGCUUGUUGGAGAUGCCCCGUACGGACUUCCCCUGAAUGAGACCAUCAUGCCUCAGUACUUCCAGGAACUCGGAUACAGACGACACAUAGUUGGCAAGUGGCACCUGGGCUUCUUUGCAAAGGAGUACACACCCACUUACCGCGGCUUCGAGUCGCAUCUGGGCUACUGGCUCGGGGCGGAGGACUACUUCGACCACACAGCUGAGGCAAACAUGAAACAAUGGGGGCUGGACUUCCGCCGGAACAUGGAGGCCCUGCACGACCAGUAUGGGAACUACUCCACAGAGAUUUUUACACAGGAGGCUGUCAGCAUCAUCAACAACCACAACCAAACUGAGCCCCUCCUACUGUACCUGCCCUACCAGGCAGUCCACAGCGGCAACCCAAACGCGUUCACACUUCAGGCACCCCAGAAAUAUGUCAAUAGGUUCCCUCAUAUUCAAAACAUCAAGAGGAGGUUACUUGCAGGCAUGAUAUCUGCCCUGGACGAUGGUGUGGGGGAGGUGAUGAAGGCGCUCACAGACACUGGUCUCCUCAACAACUCCAUCAUUGUGUUCACCACUGAUAAUGGUGGCCCGUCUAACGGAUUCGACUAUAAUGCAGCCAGCAACUUCCCUCUCAGAGGGGUGAAAAACACUCUUUGGGAAGGAGGAGUGCGAGGGGUUGGCAUCGUCCACAGCCCGUUGCUCCAGAAGUCUGGGUACGUGUCAGAGCAGAUGCUCCAUCUCACCGACUGGCUCCCAACGCUGUACCGAUCUGCUGGGGGCGAUCCAAAAAAACUGAAACACCCUGAUGGCUUUGACUCAUGGGAAAUGCUGUCGACCAAUGGGAAGCCAGUUAGGACUGAAAUGCUCCAUAACAUAGACCCUACGUAUCAUUUUGGAGGAUUGAGAGUUGGCGAUUACAAACUGUUGACUGGUGAUGUUGGAAUGCAUUGGGACGGAUGGUACCCACCAUGGCAACUUUCGUCGGACAAUCUGUAUUUCCAUGUUGAUAACUACACCAGAAGUGGGUUCCCUCGUGAAUAUUUCACAGGUCAUGGUUAUCUGCCGAAACAAAACAGCAAUAGAUCUCGUCGUAGCCAGUUUUCUCCGGUUACAGUCAACUGUGGUCCCAAACCUGCCAAUGCCAGCACAAACUGCGAUCCUACAAAGUCGCCAUGUUUAUUUCACAUUCCGUCAGAUCCUUGUGAGUACAACAACAUCGCGGACGAGAGGAAAGACAUAGUGAUCCAGCUCCUAACCCGUCUGGAGCAGUACAGCUACACCAUGGUUCCCCCCGGCAACAAGGGCUCGGACGACCGCGGCAACCCAUCGCAUCACGGAGGGGUGUGGGACCCAUGGGUUAACUUGUGAUACAUCAAUUAGACGUAGAAUCCUGAUUUUCAGGCUAUGUUUUUAACAAACUGUUGUAGUCCUGUAGCCCCUUUUAUGUUUUCUUUGAAAAAUUGUGAUAGCCAGGGGACAGGGAAACCAUGUCAUCUGCAUGUUGUUUUAGUUUUUGUUGUUGUUGAUGCAUGAGUGGUCGAUGGCUAAUAUUUGUUGUUUAGGCUUUGCCUCCAUAUUUCAUGACAAAGUCAGUCAAUUAUACAUAUCUUGUAUUCUGUCCCUGGAUGUAAUGCUCUCCAGAUCUGGAUGUCUCCAGGUCUCCUAUCACACUUCUAUGGUUUCUGUCUGUAAUUGACCAGCUGCACAGAUCACAUCCAGUUGUUUCAUCAGCAUUCUGGAAGAUGAUGAGUCAAUAAUAAAGCAUACGACUUUAUGGAUAAGUUCUUGUUUAUUGUGACUACAACCAAGUACUGAAAAGUAUAAUAUACACAGUAUGCUGUGACAAACAUCAGAUUAACAUUAUCAAUGGUAUGUAAUUGAAUAGCAAGUGAUGCAUAUUUGGAUGGGGCCUGUUGUGGAGUAAGCUAUUGGUUGUGUCACUUAUUGCUUGAAAACAGUGUUAGAAUUUACACCGAAAUGUCACUCUAUGCAAUAAACAAAAGUUGUUCUCCAUAAAGUCAUAUGCUUUAAUAUGAAAUCACAUCCAACCAAAUAUAUUUAUUUUAUUCAACCUAUGUGUAUUAUAAGACAAUGUUCUUGUUUCAUGC